AAGAAGACCCUUGGUCAGCGGUGCGCGCGCGAUUGCGGCCGGCCGGUCGCCGUCCGUUCCCGCUUUCGGCGAGCGGCCAGUCUAGGCUGAGAGUGCAAUGGGCCCCGUACGGCCUGGACUCGUCCCGCUUCUGUUGCUGGCGCUUCUGGCGCGAAGUUCGGCCAGCAUCAUCGGCCGAGGCACAGCGCGCCAGCUGCGAGGCAACCAUGCCUGCCCCGCGGCAUCCGAGGCAUGCCCACAUUUUGGACCCGUUCCCGCCAGCCUAAAAUCGAUCGUGUGCGGCCCUUCCAAGAACGUGCUUCUUGUUACGGUGGGUCUGGCGGACGACCCCAGCCUGGAAGCGCCAAGCUGGCUGUCGCCGCAGAGGCUACUCACCGUGCAAGUCGACCGAAACAUGGCGGAUGGCAGCAUGGCGGUUCGAGUUUCCACCAGAUCGGACGGCGAAGGAGCAGCCGUGACAUUGGCCUCAGACAGGUGCAAGCGCUUCAAGGUCAAGAAGGUUUUCGACUUAUCGCCAAGUGCCCAGGCCAAGCCCCUGGCUGGGUUGGCAGACUUGCUCGUGUCCAACAAAUGCGACACGCAUGGAGUGUUUGCUCAGCCGGGUCACGUGCUGCUUGUGUCGGAGAGGCCUCUGGGUGAUGUCGCUAAUGCGGACGUCCUAUCGCUGGGCGACGGCGUCUCGGUGUUCCGACUACCCAAGAGUGGCAACAUAACGGUGCCGGCCUGCUUCGACGUCGAGGGCCGGCCAGGCCGCAGACCUCCCGAGAACGCGCUCCUGCUGACCGACGCGGAGCCUGACGAAUCGGUGCCGUGCCACAUUGGGCGCCAACCCAUCCGCCCCAGCUGCCCCGUCUGCCCAUCGCUCAUCGGCGACGAACUGAAAGAGCGUGCCUGCACAGCUCCUACGGCGUUCAUCGUGAGAAGAAACGCGGAAAUGCUAACAGCGCACAAUCGUAGGAAGCCGUGGUUUCUUCCCAAGCUUGAAAUCUCGCAAGUCGCACCGCUACGGACUGUCAGAGAAAUCAACAUUCGUGUCCAAGAGAGAAGACCACUCGGAGGCAACGAAUCCGGUUCGUCAACCUGUGUCAGGGGAGCCCUCUCGAUUUUGGAUGACGUCAGCCCCGGUGGUAUCGACACCGUAGCGUCGAAUCUCAACUUCAUUAUGCGGUCCCACUGCGCCUGCGACUUCCUCCGCAAAGACGCCGGCUAUGCCAUGCUGCUCCACGACAAGCCCAUUCCAAGGACGGCCAGGACCGUGCAGCUCGACGACAGCUUCACGCUCGUCUCGCUGCCAGCCGGCGUCACCAACCUGACGUCGUGCGGCUCUGGUGCCGCGGACGAGGCCGACGUGAUGCUGGGGGACCAGCCCCUGGGAACCGCGCAGCAUCCGCUCGCGACCCAAGCUCCCCCACUUCCGCAGGGUUGUCCCGUGUGCCACAGCGAGCUGGAACCCGACCUCUACGACCCCAUCUGCAGGGCCCAAACAGUUGUCCGAAUGCUGUCCCUGAAUCCUGCCGCCAGAGGUCCGUCUGGCACAUCCAUUGGGAAGACCCGAAUCGUCCAGGCCGUGAGAGGAGCGCAGGACAAGAUUGGACAUACGCUGAUCUACACCUUGCCAGAGAACUGCAAAUGUGACUACGUGACGAAACCGUCCCGGCAAUAUUUCGUCUUCACGGGCCACAUCGCCACUGCCGGUGAGAGACCGACACACGUGCCAUUCACAAACCAGAUGCGCAUCCUGGCCUACAGCUACAGGAAUGCCCGACUCCUGCAUGACGCUCUGUCCGCAUGUCCAAGUUUCGCGAGUGCGUCGCUUCCCACGAUGCAGAACCGAAUGGACGCCGACGCAGCGGCUGACCAGGCUGAGUACUUCGGCAGCUACGGAGGCGCCUCUGGUCCUCUCUAUGGUUCAGCCUCCGGUGACACUCAGCGCGCCGAACCGAAAGUCUCCGGCGGAUACGGCACGUACAAAGAGGGAAGAUCUGCGUCAGCUGCUUACGGAGCCCCGAGCUACGGAGCAGCGCCAGCUUCGCCGAGUUAUGACUGGACUGCCCACACAGCCGGGUCCGCGUAUAGCCCAGCACCUGCAGCCGGCUACGCCGUUCCGACAGCGACCGUCGGUUACGGGGCUCAGCCGCCACCGCAUCCUGCUUAUGGUGUAACCUCUCCGCCAAGUUAUGGCUACGCGCAAUCACCUCCCAAUUACAAUGCUGCUACUGCGAGUUAUGGCGAUUCGACAGUGACGGCUCGCUACGCCGCUCCAUCUCCGAGCUACGACGGUAGUACUCCAAGCCAGAGCUACAACUUAGCCAUGUCCCCGCCAAGGUACAACGGCGCCCCCGCUUCUAGUUACAGCGGCUCAGCGCAUGUUGCAGCUUCCGGUUACGGGGCACCUAAAGGUUCCACCUAUGGAUCGGGCUACGGUUCCGCAACUGCUGCCCCUGGAUACAAUUCCGCAACAACUGUCCCUACCUACGGCGGAGGCUCUGGUCACGGGUCAAGCUACGACGCUACCUCGUACAGCGGAGCAGCGACUGCAGCCCCAAGCUACGCCGGGACUGCGCCCGCAGCUUACAUACCCACAGCGCCAAGCUAUGGACAUCCUCCUCCUCCUCCUGCUCCUGCUUACAAUAGCGCUUCUGCCUCUGGAUACGGCGUGCAAGCUCAGCCUUCCAACUACGGUUCUGCCCCACAGCCAGCGUACAACAGUGGUUCGGCUCCGGCUUACGGUUCUUCGAAUUCUUACUCUCCGGGACACUCGUACAAUGCUGCUAAAGAGGAGGCCGUACACGGGCCGAGCUACAACUCUGCUCCUGCACCUUCUUAUGGCGCGACAUCGGCGGGUAGUUAUGAUUCUGCGAGCGCGACAAACUACGCCCCUGUGGGUGCAACGCAAGCUCCUAGCUACGCGGCACCCGCUCCAAGUGCAAGCUACGGUAUGACGGGACACGGAGGCGCUUCGGCCUCUGUGUACAACCAAGGCAGCAACAACCAUGCAGGUGCGGGUUACGGUGCUGGCGCGUCUAGUCACAGCUCGGGCACUCCGAGUUCCUCAAGCUACGCCUUAGCACCGUCAGCAAAUUAUGGCGCACGCCCCCCUGAUGCAUCCAAUUACGGACCAUCAAACUACAACGCUGCUCAGCAAAAGGCUCCGGCUUACAGCAAUCCUGCUCCAGGAUACGGGUCUUCGUCGUCUGGAAACUAUGGCUCUGGUAUGGCUGCCAGUUAUGGCCCCGCGCCUCGUCCUGGCUACAAAAGUCCUCCUGCUUAUGCUCCAGCUGCUAAUCCCAGUUACGGUUCACCUGCUGCUGCCUACAGUAACGGAGCAUUGCCUUCAUCUGGAGCAUAUAGAUCAGGGUACAGCCCUGCUGCCGCAGCGAACGGUCAAGCUUCCUCACCAACCUACGGACCACCUACGUACAGUGGUGGGACCGACGCAGCCUACCGAGGCAGCGCGUAUAACGGUUACCAAGAUGUGACUUAUGUGCCUCCAUACGGAAUGGCCCCGCCGGCUGCCUACGAGCCACUGUACCCUAAUCAAGAAGACUAUGCCACAGUGAUCUCUUACGUUCCGACAGACGCUUCUGAGGUCGAAUACUCUGCUGGCCCUCAGGAUUCGCACGAUAAUACGGGAUAUGGUUCGAACGGCGUGACCUACUCUCCCCCGCCGUACGCUGCUCCUGCUUACAGACAGCCAACCUACUCUCCUCCAGCUCCUUCAGCCUACACAGUUGCUCCUUCGUCUUAUGGAGGCAAUAUUGGAUACGACUCGCCGUACGGUACUCACGCACCCCCAUCUUCUGGGCACAGCGGACAGGCAUCGAAGGGGGCGCAUUCCAGUCCGGUUUAUUCUUCAGUGUCGUACGGUGCCGCUGGACCGUCGGCGCACAGCCCACCUCCGGCAGCCCCCGUCUACGCUGCGCCAAGCUAUCCUGCCACCGGUGACAAAAUUCCUUCCUACGGUGGCGCAGCUCCUAGCCAAUCAUACAGUUCCGCAUCGCACGCGGCAUCGGCUGUAUCCUACUCUCCACCCUCGUACGCUGCGCCAGCCUACACCCAGCCGUCUUAUGGCAGCCGUGUCGCAGCCCCAUAUCACGCGCCGGUUUCGCAUGGUACCGCCGGCGGAAGCUACCUUGCCAACACCAAAAGCGCGGGCUCUUCUGGGGCCUCCUACAACUCUGCCAGUUCUGACUCCUCGCCUUAUUUCUCACCUAAGUAUCCGCAAGCAUCAUACGCGCCGGCUGCUUCUCCAGGUCCAAAGUACCCGUCCCCUAUGCCAAGUGCAACUUCCUACGGACAAAAUCCCGCUCCAGCUUACAACGCGCCUGCUUCGUCGGCUGCAUAUUACACAACCGCGCCGGCUGCACCCGCCUAUGCGAAGCAGCAGUCAUACGACAAGAUAGCGCAUAAGCCUCCCACUGCUGGGCAGCAAAGCUACAUCAACGCUCCAGCGCCUGCAACUAUGCAUGGUCCCCCACCUUAUUCUGUCCCAUCGUACGGCCCGGUCGCAGCAGGACAGGGCACGGCCUACGUCACCGCAGGUUAUGACCAGGCACCCCAUGGUAGCAGCAGUCACACAGCGACCGUGUCUGCGCCCGCAUACGCCGCCCCGAAGCCAUACGCUUCUCAAUCGCAGUAUGGUACCGCGCCACCUGCUAGUAGCGGCAGCUCGUAUAAUCCAGCUUCGUAUGUCACAACGGCUGGGUAUUCAGGAGCUGACGGACACGAUGCGUCAUAUGGCAUGGCUCCAUCCUACCGGUCGCCGGCUAAAGCUUACGAACCGACUCAAGGUCGCAACCCUUCUAACGACGGUCAGCCAUCCGCGUCUUAUGCCGCUCCAGCCUAUGGCACAGAUGACAAGCAGCAGUCCUCAUAUGAUGGUUCUUCCCCGUCGCAGGCUUAUACGACGUCUUCUUACGGCUCUGUUUCUUACACAACGCAGGGAUCAAGUCCUGCGUCCUACAGCGCAACUUACGCUCCCGCAGUGCACAACGCGCCAGAUUAUUCUCUGCCUUCGAGUAACGCGCCGACAAGAGCUGAAGCGGCGGCUGCUUCAGGACCUGCGGAAUAUUCGGGAGCGACUUACGCCCCACCGCCUUACAACGCACCGAGCUACAGUGCUUCGAGCGCGCCACCGUCUUAUUCAGCGCCAUCGUACGGAGCUUCCAACGUCGCGCCUUCGUCCGCGAGCCAAACGUACAAUCCUGCGUAUGGUUCAGUUGGGGCAAUGAUGCCGUCUUAUGCCGGGUUGCCCAAGGCACCAUCAGCGACUUCCAGUGCUGGAAAGCCCUACAGCGUCGCCACCGCCACCAUGCCACCACCGGUGUAUCCUGUAGCUUCAUACGCGCCACCUGCCUACGUUUCCUCCAACUACGUCCAACCAUCGUAUGCUGUUACUUAUGCUCCACCCGCUUACGCCCAGCCCGACAACUUUGCCGCCGCGGCAGCCCCACCUACUUACAGCCAUCCAUCUUACGCCCCGUCUUACGCUCCUCCCGCUCACUCUGCUCCAGUCUAUGCGCCUAUGGCUUCCUAUGGUCACGUCCCGCACAAACCGCUGUACCCUGCCCCAGCGUACUUAACUGUUACUUAUGCUCCGGCGGCAUACGUCCCUGGUCCAUACGGUCAGCCUUCGUACACUCCCCCUGGCUACUCUGCUCCUCUCUACCCUCCCCACGUCCAGCCUACAUAUGCAGCUGCAGCGUAUCCAUUUCCUUCUUACGCAGGCCAGCCGUAUCCGCCCCAUCAGGGCCCACAAUAUACCCAUCCUUCACAGAACCCGCAGCAUUACGGCGGCGCCACCUACGCUCCACCAGCGUACUCGGCACCUUCUUAUGGUGCUUCCUACGCGCCACCAGCUUACUCGGCACCUUCGUACGCUCAUCCUUCCUACAACGUGCCCGCCAAUUUAGUUUCCUAUGCGCCACCAACGUAUUCUGCCCCUCAGUACCCGCAGCCAGCUUAUAGCAAGGAGGUUUACAGUGCGUCUUACGCACCUCCGGCGUAUGCAGCCCCGUCCUACUCUAAACCAUCGCAUACGCAGCCAUCGUACGGCGCCUCCAUCGCACCGAUGAUUUACAAGGCACCGGCUUCCGCUGGACCCACGUACGGCCAGCCCGCGCACCAGAACACGGCAGCACACAUGGUCGCCGCCCAGCACGCUCCUGCGUACGGCGGCUACACAAGUGUAGCAGCUGGUCCCGUCAAAUAUCCUGUGGGACAUCAUGCAGCGCCGUCCUACGGCGAUAACGCUGGCCAAAAUGCCGCGUACGGUCAGCCCUCGUAUCAGCGCUACCCACAACAUGCUGUGACGAUGUCUUACACUUUGCCGGCACAGCCACUUCCGUCUUACUUUUCUCCAUCAUACGGCAAUCAUGCUUACGGUGCCCCAGUAAGUGCUUCGGCAAAUACUUACCGGCCUGCAAACCCGAACUAUGGUCCCGCGCCUCAGCAAAGACCUGCCCAAGGCGCUACAUACGCACCAGCUGGUUCGCAGGGAGCUGGUUCUUAUGGACAAGCUUCUGCGUACGGUUCGGAGAUGAAGUCGCACGCGACGUCAGCUCCGCCUUCUUAUUCCGCCCCUCCGUCUUACGUCCCUGCAACUGCAGUAGGAGCAGGUGGUGCUAAUGGCGCUUACGGGGCCGCCGCCGGCACCCCGUACGGCAGCGGCAGUGGAAGCGACGUCUCAUACGGGCAAGGGCCACCACAAAGUGGAUCGUACACUACAAUGUCGUACACUGCCCCCGCGCCAAGCUAUGAAUCCGCGUACACCACGUACUCUCCCUCUGGUCAGUCGCAAUACACAACGUACGCUACACCGAGCAGCUACUCAGCUUCGUACACCACCUACGCCGCGCCAUCGAGCCAGCCGGGUUACACUACUUACAGUUACUCGCCGCCGACUUACACUACGCGCGCUCCGAGCUACUCUCAGCCGUCGUACACGACUUACGCGACACCAACGGCAUAUUCACCGGCGUCGGAAACUACGCAUUCACUGGCCUACCCCGGCCACUCGGAGCCUGACUACGGGUCUUCUGGCAACAGCGGGCCCGCCUCGUACAGUGAAACCUAUGCACCCGCAAGUUCCCCGGCUCCCAGCUUCUCUCCCCCCAACUACCAUCCGCCUGCUACCUAUUCGCCAGGCUAUGGAGAGCCAGGUUACAUGCCUGCCGGCUAUACCGCUCCAGUCGGUUACACUACAGUGAGCUACUCAGCGGUUACCCACGCAUCACAGGGCUACAAUUCUCCGAGCUAUUCGCGACCCGCGUACUCGGCUCCUUCCUACAGUGAGGCCAGCCACGCUCCUGCGGGCUACUCCGUCCCUACUGCUGGGUACCCGGCGGUCACCCAUGCACCACCCGGCUACUCUGCACCUAGCCACUCUCCACCACCAUACUCAGCGCCUCUGCACGCCGAUCCCGGUUACCAUCCGCCUACCUACACGGCUGUCACCGACGUACCUGCUGGCUACUCAGCAGCUCCUCACAUGCCUCCACCCCACUCGGCUCAUGGCUACGGGGAAGCCACUUAUGCGCCAGCAGCUCAGUCAGCACCUGCCUUCUCGCCAACGAUGUCGGACUACCGAUCUCCCGCUACCGACUACCCACCUUCGGCUCUGGUGCAGCCUUCCUACGGCAGGUCAGUCCAUCCUGAAACCAUGAUACGCUACGCCCCUGCGAAGACACUUCAGUCAUCUUACAGGGAAGCUUACUCAAUGGGCCCGCUAAAAGUUCCGCCACAAGCGCCGCCAGAAGCGCCGCCAGAAGCGCCGCCAGAAGUGCCGCCAGAACUGCCACCGUACAAGCCUAAAUGUCCUCAGGCCGCGCACACUUGUCCCGUUUGCCCGUCAGUUUUGGACAAGGAGCUGCUUAGGAACAUCUGCAACUAUGAUUUUGUUGCUGAAGCCGAAGUGAGCUAUCCACCCCAGGCUGGGACACCGUACGGAGGCCUUUGUUCUGAGAUGUGCGUCGGUGAAACACUGCACGGAACAGCCUCCGUCAUGGACAAGAUUCGCUUCUCCAUCAACAAGUACUGCUCCUGCAAUACCGCGUAUAAAGAGUACACGAAGGUGAUCGUGUUCAGCAGCCGGCACAGCUGGAACUCCCACGGUGGCUCCUACGGGGAGUUGACACUGGACGACAAGACCGUGCUGCUGCCCUCCAGCAAAGCCACCGUGAAGGCGGUCGCGGACGCCCUGCAAGGAUGCAAACGCAGCCACCGGUAUCUGGGACGGCAGGCGUACGCGGACGCUGCUUACGCGGGACCGGCCGGCUGCCCGGACCCUUUCGACGACUCGUGUCCCCUGUGCGCCAGCAACGUCGCUGCGGAGAGCCUGACCGCGGACCUGUGCAAGUCCGAAUACGCUUCGGUCGUCGCGAUUGGGCUCGACUACCAGAAGAUGGCCGUAUACAAAAACGGGCGGUUCACAUGGAAGCAGGCUUAUCUCCCCGACAUUCAAGUUAAUGAAGAGACUGCAUUCGGCACAAACCUAAGUGUUGUCAUCAAAGUUAAUGCAACGCCGACUGAGACCGCGCCAGCCGAACCAGAGCCCGGCAGCCUAACGGACUCGUGCCUGACGUACACAGUCAAGGCACUGUACAACGUGAGCCGCGGCUCGGACCCUGUGGCGGACUCGUACGACCUGCAGCUCUUCCUCGACAAGCAGUGCCCCUGCCAGCAACUCAAGAGCCAGUUGCCUGGCUACGCGCUGCUCGUAGUCGACAAACAGUCGAAGCUGUCUGACGGGGUGCUACAGCUUGGCUCGGGCGCCAAGUUGUACCCGCUUGAAUACGGCAUGCACACGCUUCCCUCGUGCCCGGUCGAAGGUGACACCAUAGAUUCAAGGAUCGAUCCUGGCCCGGAAACCAAACUGCCAUUGCCAGAACUCGAGAUACCCGUGGAGGACGGCGGAGAUACAUCUGACGAGGGUCCAUGCCCAGAGAAUGCCCCGGCCACUUGUCCUGUCUGCAUCGACGCCUCCGAAGAGCCGGCGACUACUGCUACACAGUACUGCAAGUCAGAAUAUGCUGCCGUCGUGAGCAUUCCGGAUGACGCCUUCUUGGCCAGCAGCCAUUCUGCAAUACAACCUUGGUGGGCACCCAAGCUCAGCCUUUCAACCGUUCCUUACGGAUCCAGCACUCAGGUUAUCGUCAACGUGAAACCCAAGGCGAGGUACCAAUUUCCACAGACGGACCGCACCUUUGGUCACGCAGACGACAACCGCAAAUGUCGCUCGGGCAAGCUGCACGUGAAGCAGGAGAUAAUGUCUGGACACCAGGGAGAAGCCACGGACGCCGUCAAGUUCACCAUCAUGAGUUCUUGCAAGUGUGGCUUCCUGGAACAGCCAACUCAAUUCGCCGUGCUGGCCAGCAACAAGGUGCCGAACAGCGAUGAGCCACUCCACCUGAGCGAAGACGUAACGCUCAUCGGCCUGCCACUGGGCAAGACCGAGCUGCCCAAAUGCGUGCGGGCCAAGCCUACCAUGAAGUCCCGCUGGAAGUUCUGGUGAUAGCGAGCAGCGCAGAUUAUGCCACAAAGCUCUGUGCAUUUUCUCCGGCCACAUUGAGCGGGCGCCAUCUUAAGAAGGGCAUUAUGCUUCAGUUCUGCGCCCAUGACAAUAAAGUGCCUUAUUUGAAUGAA